AUGCUAUCAGCUGUGUCCGUGCUACAUGCAUCCCGCAACCAACGUGGUCCCUUUGUGUUUGCGUGUGCUGCGUGUUGUGCCAUGGAGAAGGAGGUGAACUACAAAGGGUGUCGUUAUCACCGUGGAUCCCCCAAGUUGUGGCAAGAGGGGAACCCUAAGGUCAGUGAGCUCGUUACGAACGCCAUGAAGUCGAACUUAGCUCUGGGAUCAUCGUAUGUGGUUGGUGGUGAUUCUCCGAUUACUCCGUGGGAACUUAUGGACAUACGAACCCAUUUGCUGUCGUCGAACUCGCUGGACGACUUCCAGCUGUUUACCAUGGUGCUAGUAUCCAUCAAACUGUUUCUACGGAGCGACGAGCUGGUUCAGUUGAAAG